AUGCCCCCAACAGGCUGGGGAGUCAUGCUAGCUCAGGACAGCAAAGCCAGUCAUUCUCUCAGCCCCAACUGUUUUUGGAAUGUGGCUGGGAAGGAAAGCAAAGCAAGGGCUUGGUCACCCUUCGUCUGCCGCCGCUUCACGAACACGAGACACGCGCGCAGCAAAACAGCUCUGCCUCGGCGGGACGCCGCCCCGAUCCCCGCCGCCCGCGCAGGCCGCGCCGGAAACACCGCGCGCUCGGCGGAAGCGCCCGGGUUUGAAAGCCGCCGCCGCCGCCCCGGCCCACAAAGGCCGCCAGCCCGCCCGCCCGCCCGCCUGCCUGCCUCGCGCCGGGCCGGGCCCACCCUCGCCUCCCGCCGCCCAGCUCAUCGCGCCACUCCGCCGGGCUGCACUCACGCGGCCGCACGCACGGCGGGGGCGUGGCGCUGCGGGGACCCGGGCCGCUCGCUUCCGCCCCCGCUACCGCGCGCCUCCUGGGUUAGGCCGUCACGGCCUACGGCCCGCGUCCGCGCCCUGGCCCGCUCCUGCAGCCGCUCCGCCGGCUCCCAGGUGCCCGCGGCCGGACUCCGCCUUCAUCUGGCUCACCGCGCCCUUUUCCUUUUGCCCCACCGGAAAGCCAAAACAAUUGGAGCCGCGCAGGCGCGGGAAGGAAACGGAAAGCAGGAAGGGCGGAGGCGGCGCGAGGUGACGCUGGCGUCUGAGCCGGGGCUUCCCGGGCGACCGCUGGGCGGCCAGGGCGCGUGCGCGGAGCGGGGUCGCCUUCCCGUCCUGUCCCCACACCGCCGUUCCCCUCCCUUGCCCCCGCCAGCUGCCCCGGCUCAGGCGUGGCCUGGGAAAAGCAUCUCCGGAAGCUCUAUGCAGCGGCAUCAGGAAUUCUGUGGCUGGUGCAGUUAUUCCUCCUUGAGGUGUCUCCCGGAGCCCAUGGUCUGACAUCCCCAUGAUUCAUUGAUCAACCUACAGAAAAGAAGUAUGAAGCAAGACUUGGGAGAUGUGAGUACUUGCGUGGCAGAAUGCAUGAUGAAUAUACCAAGGCAUGUGUUCAAUCCCAGCACCCAGAACC